AUGGGAAAGACGCCAUCUCGCUCAGCAUCAGCACAACUUCCAGUGGAGAGUGCUUCUACAACGGCACCACCGAUGGGCAUUCUUCCACCAGGUUUGGAAGAUCUUUCCGAAGAGGAAAGAGCCAAGAUCAUGGCCGUGAUGGCGUGUGCAGAGAUCGAUGCCGCUGAAGAUGCGAGAGCAUCUUCGGCAUUGUCGACAACGAUCUCAACUUCGAGAACAUCAGAAUCAUUCUUUGAUAAAGAAGCCAAACCAGAACAUCUUCAUUCGACAACAACUCCAAAAGGUGCAGACCAAGUGAGAUCGUCAACGUUCAGUCUCGCCGAACCAUCUGCACCUCUCAUGACAGUGACAGCAAGUGCUCCCACUCCAGUUGCUAGAUCGCCAACUUCACCAACACCCGGUCCCGUCUCUGCUGUACCAUCAUCAAGUUCUCUUUUGGAUGAGGUCGAUUUGUCACAUUUGUCGGCAGAUGAACGUGAACAAAUUGUGGCAGUGAUGAAAGCUGCUGAAACGCAGCAAGGACAAACCUUAGCGCCAGUGCGGUCCAGUGCCGCACAGCCAUCCCCUUUGUCAUCAACAGCAUAUCCGCGAAGCGAUGAACCCGACCAUCUUGAAGAGGAGCUAGCUGACAAUCUUGCGAUACUCUCACCAGCUGAACGAGAGCAAAUUCUUUCUGUGAUGCGAGCCGCUGAUCAACAGGCGGAAGCAGUUAGCCACGAAGUGGAUGAAGCAACGCGUUCGCAUUCCCCUGCUAUGCAACCAGUGCUCAUUCAUGAAUCGCUUGGUGAUAGAGACGGAUCACGAACACGACGAAUGUCAAUGGAAGAACGANNNNCAUCCGCUGAGGAAUCACAAUCGCAAGUGCCGAAUGUUAUGGAAGUGCGAACAAGUGAACCAAGCAAAAUGGAUGAUGGUUUCGAAUCCAAGCGACAGAUAAGCCAUGGUGAUCGUGAAAUGGUUGAAGUUAGUGAGGUGGAUCGUGCACGAAAAUCUGACGAAGCCAUCGGUGAGCGUGAGGAACGAAGUCGUGCAGCGACACGACAACAUUCUAUGGCCUCAUCGACAUUCUCGGAUGAGUCGUCCACCCAACUGGACAGUGGCUAUGCAACAGUGGCGAGUGCAAGUUACGAGAAUGAGCUUGGCCAUGUUUUCGAGACGUCUCCGUUUGCUGCUACAGAGCAACAGCCCUAUCAUGAUCGUCAACACGAGCAACGCCCAGAAGAAAAGGAACAUCAUGAACAGCAGCAGCAACAGCAGCAGCCACAUCAAUUACAAGAGCAGCCAAUAUCAUCACAAUCAAAUCAUGAUUAUCGUGUGUAUACAAGUGAUGAUUUUGACUACACGUACGGUGACGAUAGACGAUACGUUUUGAACGAUGAGGAAUUUGAGACCGCUGAUGAUAAGGAGAACAGUUAUCAGUUCGAGGAUCGAACUGCAGCUCAUUUGGAUGAUAGCGAAACUGCGUUUGAACAUGAGUACACAGUUCUCAGACAAAUGAAUUCCUUAUUGUCAGCAGACAACAUUUCAUUGAUCGAUGUUCAGACGUCUCAGCAAUGGACUGGCCGAAAGCCACGAAUGUGGACGACUGUAUUUGCGGAUGAUGAGGAGAAAUCGGAGCGUGAUUAUGGUACAAAUGUGGAUGCAGACCUACCUGAAGAACAUCAGCUAGUUGAUGACACCUAUCAUCCUAAGGAUGGCGAACCUUCACAGAUUGUUCACGAUCACCCGGCUGAAUCCAUGGUCGAAUAUUCGGCUGGUGGAUUGCAGUCGCCGAAAGAUGCAAUUCAAAUGGACGAUAUCGUGUACGAUUCAUUCGCAGCCAGUGAGCAUAUGGAUGUGGACGAUGCGCGUCUCAUCUCGAUGUUUCAUCAGAAAGCCAAAGGUCAUUUUGAUGACGAUGAGAGGAGGUCUGAUACUGGCAGCACUCAGUUUACAUCCCCAGCAACCUCAGCUUCAAGUGCCCUUAUUCAAGCAAUACCCCGCACCCAAUCUUCAUCAACUGCAUUAGACAGGUCGCCUGCCAUCAUCUUACCUGCUCAACAGCCUUCUCCAUUUGCUCAACCUGAAGUCAAAAAACCGGCUGAUAUCAUUCGACCUCCACCGGCGAUAACAGUAACCGUUCACGAGGAGCGCAAUCGAACAAGCGAUGACGAUUCAGACGGGGAGACAAGCCCGUCAUCGGAUGAGGACGAUUACCCCGAUCAGGCAUUUGGUGAGUCGGCAAAUGAUGAAUUCGAUGUGCAGUGGGCACAUGAUAGUCUCAUCAAGAGAGCUUCUCCGAAGCCUCAUAUUUUCUCAGUUGAUGACAGUACUACACCAGCGGAAGGAUAUAAAGAUCUGUCAAUGGGAAUGGAGAUUGGUGCAAUGUCAGAGCAACCCAAGAAUGAGCCACUAGAAGUGAGUGCAGUGCAACCGUCAUCGGAACGCAAAAAUCCUUUCAUCGAUGAUGAUGAAGACGAGGAUACGGUCAAGAUUACAGAGGAACUUGCGACAGAAUCAGAUGAGAUUGAUUAUUCAGCGGCUGUCAGUUACUAUAGCAAUCAACCGUUCUUCACACACCGCCCCGGCCCUGUUUAUACGAUUCCAGAAGAUGAAGAACAAGAUGAUGGACAUGUGGACACCGACUCAAAAUUCUAUGGCUUGUGGAUUGCAGCAAAAGAGAAGGCGCAUCGUGCGCAAACGACCAAAAUACCAAAGGUGCCUAUAAUGCCGGUGAUGCAACUGAAAUCAACCACAUCCUCGUCGACGAAACCAAUUACAAGUGGAACUAUUUCACCAAGAGGAAAUGGUGACAUGACAACAACUGUCUAUAGUGGUGAUUACUACGAUCAAGUGACAAAGCAACGAAAAGGUGAAAUAUUGGGCAGUAGGGACUUGAUGGCUACAGAACCUCCAAAAAGCACAUCGUCAGCUUUAUCUUCGUUCAAACCAACCCCUACGUUCCUACCUACAACCACUUCAACAACACCAACAAUUGCACCUCUCAAUGUUGAACCAUCCACAUCCCGUCCCACAUCCAUGGGCCCACUAAAGUCACCUACAAGUCCGUUAACACCGGUUCGCAGUGCACCACCUCCACCAGAUCUAUGCUCUGCUGAUGCUGCAACUCUGAAUGGGUCAUCUUCUGGUUAUGCAUUCCAAGCGGAUGGCACAACUGCGACGAAACCAUUUCCUCUUGAUACAACGCGACCAAGCGAUUCGUUCUCAGUGAAGAGUGAAAUCUCAGGAAAAGUCACUGAUGAUAAUGAGGAGCCGUGCUCAGCACGUCCAUCACCAUACGACAAUGUG